ACAGAGCCAGGUGGCAGCGCGGUGGCCGAGGAAGCAUGUGGCUGUGGCACUGGGGGCCCUGAAGACCGCCUGGCUCGCAGGGAGGAAUGCUACGGUGGGCAGUGCACUUGGAAGGUGGGCCGCGGAGGGUGAACCACGCUGCCGUGGCCGUCGGGCACAAGGUCUACUCCUUUGGUGGAUAUUGUUCUGGAGAAGACUAUGAGACGCUGCGGCAGAUUGACGUCCAUGUCUUUAACGCAGUGUCUCUGCGUUGGAUCAAGCUGCCUCCAGUGUGGACAAAUAGCCGAGAUCAAGUGAGAGAGGUGCCCUACAUGAGGUAUGGGCACUCAGCAGUGCUCAUAGACGACACCGUCUACAUAUGGGGUGGUCGCAACGACACUGAGGGAGCCUGCAACGUGCUCUAUGCCUUUGAUGUCAACACGCACAAGUGGUUCACGCCAAAGGUGUCUGGAAUGGUCCCCGGAGCAAGGGAUGGACACUCAGCUUGUGUCCUGGCAAAGAGCAUGUUCAUCUUCGGAGGUUAUGAGCAGCUGGCCGACUGCUUUUCAAACGAUAUCCAUAAGUUGGACACCACAAACAUGAUGUGGACCUUAAUCUCUGCCAAGGGCACGCCAGCUCGCUGGAGAGACUUUCAUUCAGCUACCAUCAUUGGAACAAAGAUGUACGUGUUUGGUGGCAGAGCUGAUCGUUUUGGGCCAUUUCACUCCAACAAUGAGAUCUACUGUAACCGCAUUCAAGUCUUUGAUACAGAAACAAACUCCUGGCUGGACUCCCCUCCAACUCCAGUGCUCCCUGAAGGCCGUCGGAGCCAUUCAGCAUUCAGCUACAAUGGGGAGCUAUAUGUGUUUGGUGGCUACAACGCUCGCCUGAACAGACAUUUCCACGACCUUUGGAAAUUCAAUCCAGUUUCUCUUUCUUGGAGGAAGAUUGAGCCCAAGGGGAAAGGCCCAUGUCCUCGGCGCCGGCAGUGCUGCUGCAGAGUGGGGGACAAAAUCAUUCUCUUUGGAGGCACCAGCCCGUCUCCAGAGGAGGGAAUGGGUGAUGAAUUCGACCUGAUGGAUCACUCAGAUCUCUACAUCCUCGACUUUAGCCCCAGCCUAAAGACGCUGUGCAAGCUAGCAGUGAUUCAGUACAGCCUGGACCAGUCCUGCCUUCCCCACGACAUCAGAUGGGAGCUCUCGGCCAUGACGACAAACAGCACCAUCAGCCGCCCCAUCGUCUCCUCCCAGGGCUGAUGUCAGCUCAUCCCUCCACCACCCUGCCCUCACCCUUCCACACACUGACCUCUUGCUCUACUGCCUGCAUGAGUUUUUAGCCCUUUCGAUCAA